GCCCAUUUUUUUGUUUUUCGUAUUUCUCAAUUUUUCUUUGCAUGAACUCCAAAUCCAUUCGAAUCCCAGAAAAGAGCUGGUUUGUCUUUGUCACAUUCUCGCUCCCUAUUAUCUGAUUUUCACUCUGUCUCAAUUUCUUUCUUGCACUUUCUCACCCACUGAAACUUUUCCCAGAAAAAAAAAAAAAAAAUGAGGUGGGAGAGGGUCCAACUUCACCCCCAACAUGUAGCUUCGCAACAAGGAGUGGAACUCGGUGACUCCUCUUCAGGGCCAGGCAAGAGAUGGGGACACACCUCUAACGCUAUAAAAGGAGGCAGAUUUCUCUAUGUCUUUGGUGGGUAUGGCAAGGAUAACUGUCAAACGAACCAAGUGCAUGUCUUUGAUACUGCUAAGCAGACAUGGAGCCAGCCAGUGAUAAAAGGAACUCCACCAACUCCAAGGGACAGCCACAGCUGUACUGCUGUCGGUGACAAUCUAUUUGUUUUUGGUGGUACUGAUGGGAUGAACCCUCUCAAGGAUUUAUACAUAUUAGACACUGCCUCUCAUACAUGGAUAUGUCCAAGUGUAAGGGGUGAGGGGCCAGAAGCACGAGAGGGUCAUAGUGCAGCUCUUGUUGGCAAACGACUAUUCAUAUUCGGUGGUUGUGGAAAAUCUUCUGCUAGCAAUGAUGAAGUAUAUUACAACGAUCUUUACAUAUUGAAUACAGAAACCUUUGUCUGGAAAUGGGCUACAACAUCAGGCAACCCACCAUCUGCACGUGAUAGCCAUACUUGUUCAUCUUGGAAGAACAAAAUCAUUGUGAUUGGUGGCGAAGACGGGCAUGAUUAUUAUUUGUGUGAUGUCCAUAUCCUUGAUGCAGAUACUCUUGUGUGGAAGGAGCUGAACACUUCAGGCCAGAUGUUGCCACCUCGUGCUGGUCACUCUACUGUUGCUUUUGGCAAGAACUUAUUUGUUUUUGGUGGAUUUACAGAUGCCCAAAAUCUAUAUGACGAUCUCUACAUGCUUGAUGUUGAUACUGGUGUAUGGACCAGCAUGGUGACUACAGGUGAUGGACCCUCUGCUAGAUUUUCUGUUGCUGGGGAUUGUUUAGAUCCUCUGAGGAGUGGUGUUCUUGUAUUCAUUGGAGGUUGCAAUAAGAGUCUUGAGGCACUUGAUGAUAUGUAUUUCUUACACACAGGACUUGUAAUACGUGAUGAAGGGAAGCUGGAGAAGCUAUCCCUGAGGAAGCAAUUGAAGCUGAAGUGUCAAGAACAAAAUCUUGCUAAUCCUGCACAUGAUAAAGCUCUCGUCAGAAUUGAAAUGAGCAGUGAUAUACAUCAACCUGUGCCUCUGACAACUUUUGGUAAGCAAACCGAGCUUCAAGGGAAGAAGACAUUUCAAGCAAAGGUUACCGAAUGUUUCCCACAUGGGUAUACUAUUGAAACUCUAAUAGAUGGAAAACCUCUUCGAGGAAUGCUGUUUGCAAACAGGUCAAUUUUUGCCCAGACAGCUGCCACUUAUAACCCCAGUAGCAGGAAAAGGGCUUCUGGAGAAGUUGGGGGCACUAUAUUAAAUGGUGAUUGCAAUAAUAAGUUAAAAACUUCUAGAAUCCUUGGGCAUGAUUCAGUUGAUUACCAACAGUCUCAGACUGUUCAUGAAAAGGAGUCACCGUCACAUGAGACAGAAGCUACUGCUCCAAGUUUGAAGAAUGCCUCACUUCUUAAGGAUCCUGCAAACCAAAAAGAAGAAGCCACAGCUCUGAAUUUGAAUGUUGAUAAGACAGGUGAGGCCCCAAACUCUACCAAAGAAAUUGAAUCCACCACAGCGGAUGGCUCUGUAGCCUUAUCCCCAAAGCAAGGUAUCAAUAGAAGAAUCAUUUAGUUAGUUUUCAACCAGUUACAAACAAACAUUUCACCCUCUCUGCAUAAAUAUGCAAAAUAUUGUUUCCAAAAAAAUGACACUUCAUUCUUUGCGCUCGACAUCUGUUGCAGCUCAGAGAAGCCGGCUGAUUACCUGCUUGUAUUUUGAUGCAUAGCUUCAAGAGUUGGAUCUUUUAGGCUGCUAGUUUAUGGUAUUGAGUGAUUCCUUCACAGCUAUUGCAUGGAAAUAAGCAUUUGCAAGAACCAUACUCCAUUUAAAAUGAAAUGGGAAGCAAAGCAUUAAUAACGAAGGCUUAGGCUUUUCAACUGUCUUUAUAGUCUCUAUAAUAUCUUGUAUACUCCUGAUCAUUAAAAUAUUUUCUGAACCUAUUUGUCUCAUGUUUUGGCAGAUGAGACGGGACCAAGCACCGAAGAUCUCAACAAUCCAUAAGGAUCAAACAUGAUUGAGAAACAAUCUCUAACCGUUUUAGUGAUAACUUCUGAACACAACACCAAGCACAGGCCAUUUGUAUAGUCUUGCCUCAAACGUAAGGUUGUAAUAGAUGGAUUCGACUAAUGUAUACACAGUCUGCUAACUGCUGUAGAAUCAGUCACCUACUAACAGUCUUCUUUUCAUUAACUAUUUAUAACAUAUUCGUUUGACAACAGUAAACUUUUAGCUGCAAU